GAAGUCUAGGUGCGGGUCAAAGGGGGUGUGGUCUCCUAAGCUAAUGGCGGGGUUCUUUCUUGGGUCGGGCCGAAUCUUGCGGAUUCCGGGUGGUCAGCUUUGGCUUCUCUUGCCUCGCAGUUUUGGGGGUUGGGUCCCAGCAGAUGGGACCGGGAGGGUCUUAGUGAGGCAGGUCUGUGCGCGGCGAGAGAACGGGUGUCGGGCCUUGGGGCUCUCAGGCAGCUUCCUGGGAUGCCGGCUGCUGAGCACCGCCAUACCGCCACCUCCGGGGACGUCUGGACGCGAAGGGAAGGGCCCCAGAGACCCCACGCGCCCCUCGCAGCCUGGGCCUGUUUCCUGGAAGUCUUUAGCAGUCACAUUUGCAAUUGGAGGAGCUUUACUGGCAGGGAUGAAGUACUUCAAGAAAGAGAAGAUGGAGAAGCUAGAGAAGGAACGGCAGCGAAGCAUUGGAAAGCCUCUGCUUGGGGGACCGUUUUCCCUCACAACUCACACUGGAGAGCCAAAAACUGAUAAGGACUACCUGGGUCAGUGGGUGCUCAUUUAUUUUGGUUUCACUCACUGCCCUGAUAUUUGUCCAGAAGAACUAGAAAAAAUGAUUCAAGUCGUGGAUGAAAUAGAUAAUAUUCCAACUCUGCCAAAUUUAACGCCACUUUUCAUCACUAUUGACCCAGAGAGGGACACAAAGGAAGCCAUUGCAAAUUAUGUGAAAGAAUUUUCUCCCAAACUGGUUGGCUUGACUGGCACAAAAGAAGAGAUUGAUCAAGUAGCCAGAGCAUACCGAGUAUAUUAUAGCCCAGGCCCCAGGGACGAAGAUGAGGACUACAUAGUGGAUCAUACCAUCAUAAUGUACUUGAUUGGACCAGAUGGUGAAUUUCUAGAUUAUUUUGGCCAGAACAAAAGGAAUGGAGAAAUAGCAGGUUCAAUUGCUGUGCAUAUGAGGGAGCACAGGAAAAAGAGCUAGCUGAAGCAGCGUUGCCAGUUCAGUGUUCUUCUACUAAACAAGAAGGAAGCUUUGUCUCCCACAGGAGACAACAUAUACAUAUGCUUAUAUAUGCAACCUACAGAAUGGCCUUCAUACCAUGAGAACAUCUGUAUUUUGAAUAGGGCACACUGCCCUUGGGAUCAGCCAGAACUGAUUCUUGGAACUGUGAAGAUUACAACCAAAAGUCUACCAAAGCCACUGCAAGACUGGAGGACCAAGUUAAUGUGAAGCCAGUGGAGUGGACCUUGGGAAAGGACACUCCAAGAGAGGCACAGCCCGUGCGUUUCCACAUGUGAGCAGGACCCUUGGAUCAGCAUCACUACCUCGGUGUCUUGGACCCUUGCUCAUACAAGUUGUGGGGCUGAAUUUCUAGGACUCUGAUUUCCACAGCGCUGUUGCUUCCCCUUCAAGGAAAGGUGGCUGAUAUGUUAGCCUCUCUGCUGUUCGCAGUUAAGCUUUAUGCUUGAAAGCAUGAGUCUAGACUUCCUUGUUAAGGAAUGUCACUGUCAGGCUUGCAUUGCAUUCUCCUAUCAGCAGGUGCUGAUUUGACUAAUGAAGAGGGAAUCUUUUGUUUGGGGAAAACCAUUAGAUUAUUUUCUCUAGGGAUCUUUUAUGGGAUUUUUGGCCAAAUGAUGUGCUAGGUUUUCAGUGACAUACCAAAUGGGAACGAAGGGAUACUGAUCAUAAGUGUGAUGCAGAGUACUUUUCUGUCUAUACAGGAUUGCACUGUGUGAAAAAUAAAUGUGCAGUUUUGCAACUCGGACAAGCGUGACUUUUCUCGGGGGUAAAGAAUGUGGGUGGAUGGCAGCACACAGCUCUCAGGGCGGACACCCACAGAUGGGUGGCCGGGGAGGUAGGUUCCCAGGCCCCGAGCUGGAGUCUCAGAAUCAGGUAGGAGGCAGAGACCUGUGUUCCUGACAGACAGAGAGUCUUGAUGCUGGUGGCCUGGGACUGUGCUUUGAGAAACUUGUGUGAGGAAACAAGGUUUUGGUCUGGCUGAGUGAAGACUGGAUCCAUUAUUUGGUGUGCCAGUUAAAGUGUCAUGCACACAGCCAGGAAAUGAUUGUCGAGUGAUGGAAUGACUCGACUUUUUUUCCGAAUUUCACAUGUUCCACCUACAGCUGCUGCAAGAGCAAAGUUCUCUGAAAGUUUUUCAGUGUGUCCUACCACAGCAGGUCAGACCACAGAUUCUCUUUGCAGAUCAGUUUGGCUUGUUUCAUGCACAUGUAAAACCUAACUUUUGGGUUUUAAAUGUCUUCUUAAUAUCUAGUUAAACCUACUAUAAAGACAUGUCAAAAUAUGUGAAAAAGAAAAAUCAUGAACUCUGUAGUGGUUAUGGACUGAGUUGUGUCCC